UCUUGUCCUGGUUGCUGUUCCCAUCUGAGUACCAGCUCCCCAUUGCCCUGAGGGUGGGCAGGCCUGCAACGGAGGGAAAAAGGAAGAGGAGAAGGAAAUUGUCCCGGAUCCCUGCAGUGGGUCCAAGCCUCUCCUGGGUGGCCAGUCUUUCCGUAGGUUGCGGCACAAUGCCAGGCAAGAGAAACGGAAAGAAAUUAAUCCCAAUCGGUCAAGGUCGAUUUGAGGGUCCGCUGUAGCUGGUGGCUCCGCUUGAAGUGAGGGAGGAAGUUUCCUCUGAUCAGUAGAGAUUGGAAAGUUUGUUGGGAGUGGCACACCACCAGGGGAAAGAAGAAGGGGCGAACUGCUUGUCUUGAGGAGGUCAAACUCCAGAAUCAGCUGUUGUGGCUUUGAAGUGGCUGAAGAUGGUCACCCUCCACAGGCUUGUGCCCAGUCCCACAGCCUUCCUCCCCUAGCCUGAGGGACUACUGUAUUCCUUGGUCCCUGCUAUUGUCAGGGACGAUUGCAUGGGCUAUGCCAGGAAAGUAGGCUGGGUGACUGCAGGCCUGGUGAUUGGGGCUGGCGUCUGCUAUUGCAUUUAGAGACUGACUACGGGAAGAAAACAGAACAAGGGAAAAAUGGCUGAGGGUGGGUCUGGGCAUGUGGAUGAUGCUGGGGACUGUUCUGGGGCCAGGUAUAAUGAUUGGUCUGAUGAUGAUGAUGACAGCAAUGAGAGCAAGAGUAUAGUAUGGUACCCACCUUGGGGCUGGAUUGGGACUGAAGCUGGAACCAGAGCUAGGGCCAGGGCAAGGGCCAGGGCUACCCGGGCGCAUCGGGCUGUACAGAAACGGGCUUCCCCUAAUUCAGAUGAUACCAUUUUGUCCCCUCAAGAGCUACAAAAGGUUCUUUGCUUGGUUGAGAUGUCUGAAAAGCCUUGUAUUCUUGAAGCAGCUUUAAUUGUUCUGGGUAACAAUGCUGCUUAUACAUUUAACAGAGAUAUUAUUUGUGACCUGGGUGGUCUCUCAGUUGUUGCAAAGCUUCUCAAUACUCGAGAUCCCAUAGUUAAAGAAAAGGCUUUGAUUAUCCUCAAUAACUUGAGUGUGAAUGCUGAAAAUCAACACAUGCUUAAGGUAUACAUGAAUCAAGUAUGUGACAACACAAUCACUUCUCACUUGAACUCAUCUGUGCAGCUGGCUGGACUAAGAUUGCUUACAAAUAUGACUGUUACUAACGAGUAUCAGCACAUGCUUGCUAAUUCCAUUUCUGACUUUUUUCAUUUAUUUUCAGCGGGAAAUGAAGAAACCAAACUUCAGGUUCUGAAACUCCUUUUGAAUUUGGUUGAAAAUCCAGCUAUGACUAGGGGACUGCUCAGGGCCCAAGUACCAUCUUCACUGGGCUCCCUCUUUAAUAAAAAGGAGGACAAAGAAGUUAUUCUUAAACUUCUGGUCAUAUUUGAGAACAUAAAUGAUAAUUUCAAAUGGGAAGAAAAUGAACCUACUCAGAAUCAAUUCGGUGAAGGUUCACUUCUUUUCUUUUUAAAAGAAUUUAAAGUAUGUGCUGAUAGGUUCUGGGAAUAG